UAUUGCCGCCCAGCAUUGAAUCCAUCGCAUUUAGAUUCCGGAAUCGAUUGAACUUCGACUAGAUCGGAUCAGAUAUUGUGUUCAUAGACUUGAUCCUCCGCUUCGUUUCCCUUUAUCUACACAGAUGCUGGUUUUUUCUUAGGGGGAAUCGAAUUUCUAAAUCAUGGGAGAUUGGGUCAUUGGAGCAUUCAUCAACCUCUUUGGCAGUAUUGCCAUAAACUUUGGGACAAACCUUCUUAAAUUAGGUCAUAAUGAGAGAGAAAGAUAUUCCACAAUGGAUGGGGAAGGAAUGGCCGGAAAGGUUCCGUUGAAACCUAUCAUAUACUUCCAAACAUGGAGAGUUGGUAUCCUAAUUUUCAUUCUUGGAAAUUGCCUAAACUUCAUUUCCUUUGGUUAUGCUGCUCAGUCACUUCUUGCAGCCUUGGGAUCUGUUCAGUUUGUAUCCAACAUUGCAUUUGCUUACUUCGUGCUAAACAAAAUGGUUACUGUAAAGGUACUAGCAGCCACUACAUUUAUAGUUCUUGGAAAUUUUUUUCUUGUCGCCUUCGGCAACCAUCAGUCUCCCGUUUAUACACCGGAACAAUUGGCAGAGAAAUACAGCAAUACAUUCCUUCUAUACUGUCUAAUUCUGAUCUUAGUUGUUGCAUUUCAUCACUAUAUCUACAGGAGAGGGGAAAUUCUCCUUGCAUUUUCUGGACACGAGCUUAGACCUUAUUGGAACAUGCUGCUUCCUUUUUCGUAUGCUGUAGUUUCAGGAGCUGUAGGAUCAUGCUCAGUGUUAUUUGCAAAAUCUCUCUCUAACCUUCUAAGGCUGGCAAUGUCCGAUGGUUAUCAGUUGCACAGCUGGUUCACAUACUCCAUGAUUCUUUUAUUUCUGAGUACAGCUGGAUUCUGGAUGGCAAGGCUGAACGAAGGGUUGUCUCUCUUUGAUGCAAUCCUUAUAGUUCCCAUGUUUCAAAUUGCUUGGACUUUCUUCUCCAUUUGUACAGGAUUUAUAUAUUUCCAGGAAUACCAGGUGUUCGACGCACUGAGAACAACUAUGUUCAUACUAGGAAUGAUCUCCGUGUUCAUAGGCAUUUCUUUAUUGGCACCUGAUGAGCCAAGAGGUGGUGAAGUAAAGGAUAAUUCGCAUCUGAAUUCUGUUAUGUCUUCCAGCACUGAAACAGACAGGUUUUUCCUGGCAACGGAAGAUGCAGAAAAUAAAGAGAUGAAAUCACUUACACAAAGAACGAUGAUGAAGGUCGCUGAUAUUCUUGCCAAGGCGAAGACAUGUGCACUCUCACUAGGCUUCGGAGAGGAUUCCAUCAAUGCAUCUGCAGUUCUUGUAAUGCCUAUGAUGUCAUCAAAGAUAACAGGGUUUAGAGGAAGCGGGUUCGAUCGGAGUAGGAUAUUCUCCAUGAGAAAUUCAAGUUGGAGUAGGGGUGCGGUGGACGAAGAAAGUGCAAAGAUGUUAAAUGUAGACGGGGUGCUCCCUCAAAGCCCCUGACAGGGAUAGCAAUGAGCAUUGAUCUUGAAUUCUUUGUUCUUUACAUCAUUGGUUGUUUAGUAACACGGUAGCCUAAGAUUGAUUUGUAUAGUCUUGCGUACGUUAUUGAAA